AUGGACGGGGUAAUACAGAUGUUACCAGCACCCUUACGGCAGUUCUCAACUUAUAUUGAUUUUGUUGGACAAAGGAAGGCAGAAAGAAUUUACCAGGUAAUUCUGGUACUGUUCGCCAUAAUCGGUUUUAUACUUGGGUAUAUUACACAACAGCUGUCUGUCGCUAUAUACACUUUAGGUAUUGGGUUAUUGCUAUCAGUUCUUCUUGUCGUUCCUCCUUGGCCGUUUUUGAGGCAAAACCCAAUUCAUUGGCAACCUCUUAGUAUGUCUUCGUCAUCUAAAAAGCGUGAGAAGGAUACAAAAAAGACGCGUUAA